AUGUUUUAUUCAGAGACUCUAUUAAGCAAGACGGGGCCUUUGGCUCGUGUCUGGCUUUCGGCAAAUUUAGAGCGCAAGCUGUCAAAAAAUCACAUUUUACAAGCUAGUGUCAAGGACAGUGUUGAGGCUAUCGUCACACCCAACCAAGCACCAAUGGCUCUACGCCUGAGCGGUCAAUUAUUGCUAGGGGUUGUCAGGAUUUAUAGUCGAAAAGCGCGUUAUCUACUGGAUGAUUGUAAUGAAGCCCUCAUAAAAAUAAAAAUGGCCUUUCGUCUUUCCGGUAACAAUGAUAUCCCCGCUGGACUCCAUAUGCCAUCUCGAGAUGCUCUCAUGCUUCCCGAUAUGCUCACUGAAGGAGAUAAUCUCGAAAUGCCGCCGAUGCCCGAUGCAUCAUUCCUUCUGUCCCAACUAGACGAGGAUUCUACACUAGGCCGCAAGCGAAGAGGUGCUAGUCGCGAUAUCAACUUGCAGGACGAGUUCAAUAACAGUCAAUUCUUACAAAAUAGUGUCGAAGAUAAUAACGGGGGUGAGGACGAGCUUGCUUUAGAACCUUUGGAUCAUGAUCUUGAUUUGGGUGUUGAUUUUGGACUUGACGAUAUAAACCCUAAGUUGACUGGAGCGGAUAGAUCUGGAGCUGAUAUUAGUCUUGAAUUCGGACGAGAUGCACCGGCAGCCCGAGCUGUUGAAGAUGAUUUGCUCAGUGAGCUAGACAUUCAACCACGAACAAAGGACGUCUUUGAUGCUGGAGACCGUGAAACUUCGAUCAAUCUCGGAUUCGGUAAUGAUGAUGAUGGUUUCCAAAUUGGUGAUGAUGACGGAGAUAUCGACAUGCUUAAUAUUGGUGGAGAACCCGAUAUUUCUGCCCUUCCACGUGCUCCGGAACUUGAGCGCGCCCGAAUCUCUGAGUCGCCACUUUCCGAUAUCGAUGAGACCAUCGUUGCCGAAGUCGAGGCAGAUCAACAACGUCGAGAAGAAUUUGGAAUGUUUGCACCCGAAGAUGAAACAGAACAUUCAAUCUUCCGCCAACCGGCUCAACGUGCCAGGAAAUACAAGCCUUUGAUGCCGGAUUAUGAUACUACCAUUUCCAAGCAUGCUAUCCAAGAAUUACAAAAGAAUCAUGACGCCAUUUUACGCCCUCAAUCAUUCCUUCCCCGUGAUCCUCAGCUUUUGGCAUUGAUAGAAAUGCAGAAGAAUGGUGGUUUUGUUUCCAAUAUCAUGGGUGAAGGACGAAGUAUGGGUUGGGCACCAGAACUCCGCGGCAUGCUUUCCCUUGAUGCCGUUCGCAGGACUGGGGACUUAAAACGUAAACGUGAUAGCGGUAUUGCGGAUAUGGAUAGCGAGCAAGAACAAGGUGCCAAUAAAUCACCUCGAUUGGAUCUCGGUGAGGAGGAAGAUCUCGGCGCUAACUUUGCUGGUGAUGCUGGCUUGGGUCGGGAUGAGACAAUGAUUGCUGGCGAUGAUACAAUCAUAGAAAUGGGAGGUGAUGAUGAAUUCAAUAUCAACAUUGAAGAUGAUGAGCAUAGCGCAACCGUUGGUUUACGAGAUGAUCGCAGUGCAACUCCAGGCAAUCAAUUUGAUGAGACAACCGUACCUCUCGUACACCCUGCGGAUAGUGGACCUGUAUCACUUGGCACGACCCACGCUGUUCAUCUUCUCCGUGAACGUUUCGGUGAUGAGGCAGCCAACAGUCCAGAUAAGCGCAAGAAAGCCAGCGUUCUAUUCCAAGAUUUAUUGCCAGAAGGUACAACAAGCAAAGCUGAUGCCACCAAGAUGUUCUUCGAAGUCCUAGUACUUGCAACCAAAGAUGCCGUCAAGGUUGAGCAACAAGAAAAUUCACUCGGUGGACCAAUCCGGGUUAGAGGCAAACGAGGUCUCUGGGGUGCUUGGGCUGAAAGAGAAGCCGGUGGUGAAAUUGCCGAGGAAAACAUCCCUGAACCUUCAGCUACCGUACCCUUGUUAGAAGCAUCGAGAAUGAUCUCGGUUGCUGCUUGA